CCCAACCACUGUCCACUCACUAGACUCACUCCUCGAAUCUGCACAACGUUUGUUUGCUUGUUGUUGCUUCCAUCUUCUGCAUCUCCUUUUCUGCUUGAGUCCGGUGCCUUCAAAGCACACCGCAUUCAUUCCGUGAAUAUACCCGUGCUCACCAUCUGCAGCUCUACAAACCUCCUCAGAGGUCCAUUUGACUAGCAUUUACACCUGUGAAUAUGUCGACUACUGCGUCUGCUACCACCGGCAACUCGCCUAACCAGUCCAAGGUCAAUCCGUCAGCCAAGUCUUCGGCUCUUAGUUCCCCUGUUGAGGACUUUGAGGAGGUGGGUCAGGCGAGGGAGAGUCCCAGUCCCACUCGCUUGCAGAAUGUUUGGCAGAACACUGGGGUGGGCAAUUUAACCCUUAGUGCUGCCAGCAAUGACGAUGACAACGUCCGUCCUUCUACUGGCUCGGAGAUCGAUGAGUCCAAGUACCCCACCCCGGAGCUUGCUCUUGCUGCUCAGUUGUUUGAAGCUCAACGCCAAAUCGAGGAGCAGAAAGCUCAGCUUAGGCACAAAGAUCAAGACCUCCAAGCCCUGCGUGUGCAAGCCAGUCAACCUCCUCCUCUUGCGAACACCCACCGCCGCCGCACCUCGCUCAUGUCUCAAACCAGCAUCUUCUCCCCUGUCUCCAGCACCGAGUCCGCCAACACCUCUCUGUCCGCCUUGGAGGAGAUGGCUGCUCUCAAAGCCCAGCUUCUCGAGGCGGAGAGGAAGAUCGCUCAGUUGUCUGUUGAGACCCACGACGUCGAGGAUCGUCACCUUCCCAGCUUCAUUGCGGAUGACAGGAGUGAUACUAGCUUGAGUGGAAGGUCUAUCCCUGAUAUCGACAAGCAUGUUUCUGUUCCGAUGGAGAACUGGCGUGCGCGGUCGCGUUCCCCCUCAUGCAGCCCGCGCUCUCAGCUCAACUCGAAUGCGAUGCCAUUUUGGCCUCAGUCUGCCUCAACAAUGGUCGGAUCGGCCUUGCCUUCUCCGGCCGAGGUUCAAGCCGCUGCCUUCGGUGCUGUUGGUGCUCCUCGCGCCCCUGCCAGCCCCGGGCGUAUCUGGGGUUCGAGGCCUAGGAGGACGCCUAGCAUGUCCGCUGCUCCUCCCGUCAGUGCGCCUUUUCUGGGCGCUCAUGGACGCAGUCAGAGUGCGAGCUCGUUCGGAAGUAUGGUGAAUGCGUGGAACUACCCCGGCUCCCGUGGUUCGGAUGGGUCCUCCCCUGGCCUUCCUCCUCAAGCCAUGCCGGCUUUCGGUAACAUGACUCCGCCCUUGAACGCUUCCUUCGGCGGUGCUGGCGGGUUCCCCUCUCCCGACUUUGUGCCGUCGACGGGACCAUGGGCGAACCCCGGUAACUCCUUUGCUCAGCAAUCUCCGAACACCAUCGCUGCCGUCAUCCUACCCACCGACACCGUCAACUGGCGUCGUCUCCUCCAAGACCGUAUGGUCAUCAUCGACUGGAACGUUGUAGUUGAUCGUAUUGUCUGCAACAACGACCAGCAGGCAUCCAUCUUCCUUCAGCAGAAACUCAAGAUGGCGACGUCGGAGCAGAGGCACGCGAUCAUCGAGGCUAUUAUUGCACAGGCAUACCCCCUUAUGCUUAACCGGUUCGGUAACUUCCUCGUCCAAAGGUGUUUCGAGUACGGGACUCCCGAGCAAGUCAAGGGUAUCGCUGAUGCCAUUCGCGGUAACGUUCUUAACUUAUCCUGUGAUAACUUUGGAUGUCACGUCGUUCAGAAAGCUUUCGACUGCGUCGACGAGGAUGACAAGGCAUCCAUGGUUACCGAGCUCCUUCGUCGCAUUCCGGAGACGGUGAUCCACCGCUCCGCCUGUCACGUCUGGCAGAAGUUGUUCGAGAUCCGUUGGGAGGGCUCGCCGCCUGUUAUUAUGCCUUACGUCAACAAGGCGCUGAAAGGUGAGUGGCAUACUGUUGCGCUUGGCGAGACUGGUAGUUUGGUUGUGCAGAAUAUAUUUGAGAAUUGCCUUGAGGAGGAUAAGCGUGAGUGUAUCGAUGAGGUUAUUGCCAAGCUCGAUACCAUUGCCAGAGGACAGUGGGGCAACUGGGUCGUGCAGCAUAUUGUUGAGCACGGGGAUCCAAAUGAUCGUCAAAAAGCCCUUGAUGUGAUCAUGGAGAACGCCGUUGCAUACAGCAUGGACCAGUUCGCUUCGAAGAUCAUCGAGAAGAUGCUCAAAGUUUGUGAGCCCCCCGUCGUUGCCCGUUACCUUGAGCGCAUAACUGAGGCCAAGACUGAUCGUCCGCGUGUUCCUCUCAUUGAUAUCGCCUCUGACAUGUACGGCAACUACCUCAUUCAGUAUAUGAUUGAUCACUGCGUCCCUGCGCAGCGUGAGAUCAUCGUUGCUCUUAUCCGCAAGCACCUGGUUUCCCUGCGUGGAAGUCGUUUCGGUUCCCGCGUGGCCUUGAAGGUCGGGCACCAACAGCAUUACUCCACUUCAUUGCGCGGGCCCAAUGGGGGUUGGGCAGGAAGGCGUUGAGCUCGAGACCUCGAAAGCGAAAACAUAUUGGUGUUUGUUCCGUUGAAGGAUACCCUUUUUUAUCAUUGUCAUGGUUUGUCUGAGAUAUCAUUGUUUAGCUUUAUAAGGUGAGAGAACUUUGAGGAGUUGUGGGAUUGUUUGUAGUUGAUACGGAUAAGGCCAAGAAUAUGUCAAACAAGGGAGGCUUUUGUUUAGGAUACGAUUGAGGGAAAAUGCAAACUAUAUUUCAUCCUGG